AAAGGGUUAACAUAAGACAGACAAGAGAAUCUGUGAGAUCGCAAAAGAAAUCGAGAAAACGCCUUUGUCCGAAUAGAAACCCUAGCGAGAGCGGAAGGAAGGAGACAAGAGCCGAGAAAACUAGAGAGGGGAAGAAGAAAGGGCUUUUUUUGAGUGAUGGGGAAGAAGAAGAAGAGAGCGACGGAGAAGGUGUGGUGCUAUUACUGCGACAGAGAGUUCGACGACGAGAAGAUUCUUGUCCAGCACCAGAAAGCCAAACACUUCAAGUGCCAUGUCUGCCACAAGAAGCUCUCCACAGCCAGCGGCAUGGUCAUUCAUGUCCUCCAGGUUCAUAAAGAGAAUGUCACCAAGGUACCUAAUUCGAAAGAAGGUAGAGAUUCAACUGAUAUUGAGAUAUAUGGAAUGCAAGGCAUCCCACCUGAUGUCUUGGCUGCUCACUACGGAGAAGAAGAGGAAGAGUCUCUAGCUAAAGUUGCAAAAGUUGAAAUCCCUUCCGCCCCUCUUGGUGUUGCGGUUCCUAGACCAUACGGAAUGGUUUAUCAACCCCAACAAGUGCCUGGUGCUGUUCCUGCGCGACCUAUGUAUUAUCCUGGUCCUCCUAUGCGUCCUGCUGGUCCUGGAUGGCCUAUGCCUCCUCCUCCUCCCCGUCCACAACAGUGGUAUCCACAGAAUCCACCGGGAACUGCUCCUCCGCCUCCUCAUUUAGGGUAUCGACCACCACAACUCUUUCCUGUUCAUGGUAUGGGGAUGAAUAUGCCAACAUCAUCUCCUGCUCCUCCUGGGAUUCAACCAUCAUCUCCCGCUAUGCCGGUUUCUCAGCCUCUGUUCCCUGUUGUGAAUAGCAUCACCCCUUCUCAAGCUUCACCGUUUUCUGCUCAGCAACUGCCUAAUGCCAAUGCCACCGUAGGAUCAGCAAAUCCGUAUCCGCCUAACAACUCAUUUCCAGUGGGUGGGAAUAAUUCUCAUUCGUAUGCUUCUGGUCCAAACACUAGUGGUCCUUCAAUUGGUCCACCUCCUGUGAUUGCAAAUAAAGCUCCUAGCUCUCAGCCUAAUGAGGUCUAUCUUGUAUGGGAUGAUGAAGCCAUGUCCAUGGAGGAAAGAAGAAUGUCCUUACCGAAGUACAAAGUCCAUGAUGAAACAAGCCAGAUGAACUCGAUAAAUGCAGCCAUAGACAGACGUAUAUCAGAGAGUAGGCUCGCUGGACGGAUGGCGUUUUAGAGUUUUGGCACCAAACAUGAGUCGAGGAAACCAAACCAAGAAAAGAGAUGAUGAUGGUGUUUCGUUUUGACUCACAUUUACAGAAGCUGAACUUGUGAUCUGAAUUUUGAGUUGAUUCCUAUCUUAUAUGUUGUAUUGUCAGUGACCAUUGCAUUGUUUUAGAGAUCUCAGAGAUGUUUUUGUAGCAAAGGCUUAGUCAUUAUUUUAAAUCUCUUACUGGAGACUUGGAGGAAGAA